GAAUAAGCCGAUCAAUUUGGUCGCAGCCGGAAUUCACUAAAACUCGUUCCUGAUGUCGAUUACUUUAUAAUUCGUCCGUUCUUGUGUACGUCUCGGUGAUAGAAGGUGUCCCCUCGAGGAACUGCCCUGACGACAUUCGGGCAGUCGAACCAUAGAGGAAGAUGCCUCACCAACAUGGCGUACACUUUCACCAUGUGCGUCACUACAUUCCAGAGCACCACUCUGAUCUGAACGAAGUGUCGGCAACGCCAACAAUCGAGCCGCACCCAACCCUCGAACCCGCAGACAUCGUUCGCCGUUCUUCCGAGCCUAGUUCCACUUGCUCAUCAGGUGAUAAAUCCGAUGCUUGUCAGAAAUCGACAAGUUCUUCCCUAACCACAACAUUGCCCGUUGUUCUUGGAGUAGUAAUCCCUGUCGUUUGUGCUAUUGUGGUCUUGCUUUUCUUACAUAGGCGCCAUGUACGUAAAUUGCGCGCCGAGGAUGCCAACGAUAAGCACAAGUCAUUGGACUUUGGUAUGGAAAUUGUAAGAGGACAGGGCAAGGGAGGACACCCUGAAAUGGGAGAGAAGCCUCACAAACACGGUGGUGGAAUGUCCCUAGAUAUUGGAGCUAGCCCUUAUCUACUACCACCGGGACUGCACGGCUCGAAGGAAUCACUCCGUUCGCUCUCAAAAGUAAUCAGUGCAGAUGACGACAAAUAUCGCCUGGCUGCUCACAGUGAUAAUGCUUCCAUACGAUCCUAUCCAUCGCAUCCAAAGUGGGGCUACGACGACACUUCUAGUGCUGGAGGAUCAACAAGGAACAUUCCUAUAGAUGAUAUGCAUCAUGGCCUUUUGACGAAUGCCUCGAAUAUAUCUCGCUCAUCUCCUCCAACUGAGUCACGAUCAGCAGCUGGCACCCCCAGACAUUUAGAAAAGGAAGCUCUACCGGAUUCGUUGAAAAAUAAUGAUCUGAGCGCCACGUCGACUGCACACUCGAGUCUAGAUACACCUAAGUACAAUGCAAUUUCGGUGUCGCCUGUUCAGGAACACAUCCCAUCCAUGGAAUCACGCCAAGAAUCCAUCCCUGAAUAUUUGCAUGGCCAACGUGAUGUUGAUUCUGGUUCGAAAGGGCCAAUGGCAAGUGAUCCUGGUUUGGGUGCUUUCGACUUUGGUACCGGAACCCAUGAAACUCCCUAUCCACGCGAUGACAUGCCAAAGAUACGAGAGUCUUCCCCUGAAUCUCAUCCAGUACCAAUCGUAACACCCAGGAUUUCUCUCCCGCUGAGUGAUGCAGCAAGUGAUUAUGGUGAUGAGCCUAAGUUUGACCAAUUCCCGCCAGUGAAUGUGUCAAGCACAGAAAGCCACACACCAGCAGUGGAUGUCGCCCCUCCACCCAAAAAUGCGAACCGAUUGACGCAGAACUUUGCUAGUUUGGACGACAGUUUUGAUCCUCGCAGGCUGACUGUUGGUAUUCGACCUCUUCCCCCAGAGGAUCCUUCAGAUAAUGCGGAGCAGCGUGCCAACAGGAUCCGUUCUUUCUAUAAAGAAUACUUUGAGGAUACCAAAGGCGGUAGUGAAGAAUACUACGAGGACUUCGGCCCAGAGUUUUAUGAGGAUCCUGCUGUGUACGAUCCACAUACUGGUGAAUAUCUUGUCGGUCCGCCGAAGCCAUUUGCUCAGCCCAUGGGUCGCCGUGCAAUGACUCCGCCACCUCGGUUCCAAGGUCCUCCCCGACAGAUGAUGCACUCAGCUGCUGGGUUUAGAGGACCGGGACCUCGUGCAUUCUCAUCUGCUUCAGGUCGACUACCUGGGGCUCGAGGUCCUCGCAAACCAAUAGCCCCUCCAGAACCCCUUCAUAUGUUGCCAUCGCCGCACUUGAUCAAGGAUGAUAUGUCCAUCCUACCGAUUGACUAUGCGCCUGGCAAGAACUUUAAGGAUCAGAGAGAAGGCAGACCUGAAACCCCUCAAGGCGGACUCCGUCCUUAUACGCCCGCGGUUGCUGCUCACAGCCCCCUUAUGUCCUCCUUUGAUGACCUGGCUGCUAUCCCAAGCCCACAUGCCUUGAGAAAAUCUGGAGUAUACAUGCCGUUGGAUUUUGCUCCUCCACCUCGGUUCAAAGACAAGGACACGAAUAGUGAUGCUGGUAGUAUUCGUAGUAAUAGGACUGGCAUCUCAGCGACUCACCUCAACAACAUUCGCGCAGGCGCGUACCGUGUCAGCCGUCUCCCAGCUGAUACUGUGGGCACUAGAGAUGACAUCCAGACAAGUUUGCGACCCAAAUGGGAUAUGCGGUAGAAAUUGUGCCGUCACCGACAUGGUCUCACACCCAUCGAUCUUAUCACUUCUAAUGAUGCCUUUACCACUGGACUUUACGGUCGCUGUCAUGAUUUGUUAACUGGUUGUGCUACUUGAUUUAUAUCUUAGAGCUUGACAAGGAGCAUUUAUUUUUUAUUUAUCCGUAUUUUGAACGGAAGGUGUCAGCCGGCUUUGUAUUGAUAUGCAUUUUCUUUCUUGGAUUUCACCGGAAUAAUCAUUUUGAUUACGCUUGUGUUGGAUACAUCAGUGAGAGUGUCGAUGUGAACAUCGCUGUUGUUGCAUUUUAAGAACACCUGUCAUGG